AUGUCACCGAAGCGAAAUAACUCUCGAAACAGCGAAGAAUUCGAAGUGACGCUAACCAAGGUACACGGCAGCUUGGGAUUCACUCUUCGAAAGGAAGACGACAGCAUACUCGGGCAUUAUAUCCGGGCUUUAGUCAAGGAACCAGCAAUAUCCAACGGACGUCUCAAACCUGGAGACAAAAUUGUUUCUGUGAACGGCGUUGACAUUUCCGAAAAGACUCACGCGGAAGCAGUGGCGUUUUUGCGGAGCUGUCCUGAGGUAGUGACGCUUCGGCUUUACCGUGACAUGGAUCAAACCCCGGUGUCACCUCUUUCACCGACUGCGACGAGCGUCGAGGAUAUCACCGACUCUACCAACAAGCGCAACAUAGGCAGCAGUCCUUCAACUCUCAGAAGGUUUCGUACGUUCCAAUUGCUGCAUGGCUUGGACUCUGUGCAGAUGGACACAGACUGA